AUGGAGGAGGCUGAGCCACAAGAGGAGGAGGAAGAACUCCCUAUGUACCAAGAGCACUACAAUGCUCUCUUCUCCAUGGACUUUGUGGAGACCAAGUACCCACAAGAUGACACAAUGAGGACUCUUGGGAUCUUUGAGGAUGUGGAGUUGGUACUCAAGAACAUGCAAUUGGCAAGUUCUUCUCUCACCGCAUGGAGUCUUACAAGGAGCUCACUUAAAAAGAUCUACUCAAUGGAUUUCAUCAAGACCAGUUCCCUGCGUGCUCUGAUUGAGUUAACUUUCCAACGCAACUGGAACGGCCUCAUUUGGAUGAGUAGAAAAGGAGUUAUAGCCAAAAGAGUGAAGACUGCUCCAGACGGCUCUAUCGAGAAUCAGCGCCAAGCCGCAGACCGGCUGGCCGAGGAACGAAUGUUCCGCGCUCGGCCAAAACCGUCCGUCCGACUGAAGUCUCGGCCAAAGUUCCUCGGCCGAUCACAUCACGACCCGGGAAACAUACCCGCGGUCGGCCAAGCCACAACCACUCACGCCACGCCGCACACGACCAUGCCGCGCGAGCCGGGAAGCAACGCCUCGCGGCCGCGCAACCUACUCGCGUACCACGGCCGAUGCACCGUCCGAGCCGGGAAAGACGUCCCGCGUCCGGCCGAGAAACAUCGGCCAAAUCUUCACCCGUCCGACCACAGCCGGCCGACCGAGAAAUCAUCCGGCCACGACCGUUCCGACUCGGCCACGACCCGACUGUCCGGCCGACCGUCCCGACCGACCGUCCGAACGCCGCGGUCGACCCGAAAGCCGGCGCCGACUUAG